AUGGAAGCAAUUAAAUCACCCUCAGCACAGCGGCCAGGCCACAAACGCAAUGCUUCUUCCAAGUCCAACUUGCUGAGAUCGCUUGUCUCAUCUAAGACACGCCCAGUCGUCACUCCCGAUGAGGUGCAUAUUGAUCCAGUCUCGAGGACGAAGUCGGUGCCUCUUUUACCACCAGAUCACCCACACGUCGCGAAGUCAUCGCGCGUCCUCGGCGAAAGGCAAGGAAAUGUUCAGUCACCGCCUACAUCACCGUCGAAAUCUAGAAGAGCACCUGCAGCGAAGAGCAACAAAGAUGCCACCACCAAGGUGCCUAUCAAGUCACAGGAUGCAGUGUCUGUGGCGAAGAAGUCGAAGUCCUCGACCAAUCUUUCCGGCAUGUUUGCCAGGAUGAAUCGCUCGAGCAAGGAUCUGUCAGCUACUGUACAGAAAGAUAAAGAGAACACUACACCGCCUUCAACGUCAGGUGGAGUGGCGCACACACCAAUAUGGGCACAAUUUGCUUCUGCAUCGAGUGCCAAGCCAGCAUCACGACCGAGCACCAGAGACAGCAAAUCUUCGGACAACUUCAUAGAUGAGAUCGCCAAAUACACGCCACAGAACUACUCGCCCUCCAAACAACGGAAUUUCAACGGCACACUCGAUCAGUCGAGCAUGCGACCCACACUCAACAGUAGACCGCGACCACAAAGUGCAUAUUUCGCGGCCUCGGAAGGACUGGCCGCAAUUGGUCGCCGAGUCAGUGGACAACGAGCUAGCAUCGAAGGCAGGAAUUCGGAGGACACGGGCAGAAGACUUAGUAGGGACUCUGGUCGACGUGUAUCUGGUGAGAGACCUCCUAUGGCCAGACGUGCUACUACCGACCAUAAGGUUAGUGGAAGUAGCACGGAGCAGGCGGCUACCAAGGACAAGCUGAAUGUGGCGAAGAGAGGCAACAGAGUCAUGGCGGCUGUGGCAGCUUUCCAGAGUCGUGGAAGAAGUGAGGUGCCUGUUAAGCAGGAAGUGCUAGAUGAGAAGUCAGUUGAUGAGGCGUUUGAGGCAGUGUUGGACUCGAGGCAGAUUCCUGAGCCUAUGCGUCAGAAGAUGCGCUCGUUGACCAUGAGGGUUAAGGCCGACUUCAUUAAGCAAAAUCAAGGCUCGACCACCUUGACCAGCAGUCCAGGAGAAACAGUUCCGGCCUCGAACAGUGACGCAUUAGCUGCGCUCACCUCGGCGAAGAGGGCAGGUGAUGCACAAGAACCAGCGACAACGAAAGACACCAAGCGCUCGCGCUCACGUCCACGCAGCCGGACCUUCACGUUCUCAAAAGGUGACAAGCGAGGCGAUGCAUCAUCUACCAAAGACAAGGGCGGAACCAAAAGCAGACCGACGUCCAUCCAUGUUCCCAAGGACGGUCUGGUCAAUACAUCAACCACACCUACUUCACCCUUUGGCUCCCUAGGUCGCAGAGCAGCUGUUCAAGCGAUACCAGGUGACUACAUAAAGUACCUCCAAACCCACUCUGACCCAAUCAAAACCGAGGUUGGCCGCCUCCACAAGCUGAGAAUCUUGCUACGAAACGAGACCGUAGCAUGGGUCGACGCUUUCCUUGCCCUUGGUGGUAUGACCGAGAUCGUGGGUCUCCUAGAGCGCAUCAUGGCUAUUGAGUGGCGGGAGGAGCAUGAAGAUCAGCUAUUACAUGAGACGUUGCUUUGCCUAAAGGGUCUGUGUACGACUGAGAAAGCGAUGGCAGAGUUGGAGAAAGUGGCGGAUGAGCUGUUUCCGGCGCUGUUGGGUAUGCUGUUUGAUGAGGAGAAGAAGGGUCCGGCGGAGUAUGCUACUCGGACGGUGAUCGUGGGCGUGUUAUUCAACUUUCUCGCUUCCGCGACAAAUACCUCCCCAGCAGCACUUGAGCAGCGUGCGCAACGCGUCCUGACGUACCUAUCCGAGCCAAAGAAGAUGGAGGAGGAAAGACCCGUUGACUUCGUCCUCGAUAUGCACAGACCACGCCCUUAUCGGCUCUGGAGCAAGGAGCUCUCGAACGUGACUAAGGAGGUCUUCUGGAUCUUUCUGCACCAGCUCAACGUCAUUCCUCUGCCAAAACCAGGUAGCUCUUCUUCUACAGAGUCAGCGAUGAGUGACACAGUCGAUGGAGAUCGUGCGAAGGUGUUGGAGGCAACUUACACAACCCGCCACUUUCCAGGCUCUCGCCCUCCCGUUCCAGCAGCACCAUACAUAGGUGGCGUAGAGUGGGAUGCCACGACCUAUCUAACCUCCUACCUGGACCUCCUCAACGGCCUCCUCGCAUCCUUGCCCACUCGUAACUUACGUAACUCUCUCCGCUCCGAACUCAAGGCCUCCGGAUUCGAGAAAGUAAUGGGCCUCACCCUCCGAACCUGCAAGGAGAAGUUUUAUUCCAGCGUCCACAACGCUCUUCGCGCAUGGGUCGCAGCGAGUGCGGAAGAUGAGUGGGAGACGAGAUUCGUGAGGGAGGGACCGAGUGACGAGGAGAGGCACGAGAGGGCAAGGAGUGUCAGUCCUAGGAAAAGUCCGAAGAAGGAGCAGGCGCCCAGGUUGGAUGAGGUGAAGGUCGAAGCGCUGCCGAAGUUGGAUUUGAGUUUGGGGUUUGGAGUGAGGGACGAGGUCAAGGGGAGAGAUGCUGGGGAUGAGGAUGAUGGGUUGGGGUGGAUUGAGUAA